GCCUAAUAAAAGAGAAACCCUAGUACGCACUUUCCCAUCUCUUCAGCUGCCGCACUCUAUUUGCUCCCUGCGCCUCCUCUCUACUUCCUCAUUCUUAACCUUCGCUGUUCGGCACUGAAGAGCUAGUUCUGCAAAAUGGGUCGUGUUCGUACCAAGACUGUGAAGAAGUCCUCACGCCAGGUGAUCGAGAGGUACUACUCAAAGAUGACCUUGGACUUCCACACAAACAAGAAGAUCUUGGAAGAGGUUGCAAUCAUCCCCUCAAAACGUCUCCGGAACAAAAUUGCUGGGUUCUCCACUCACCUGAUGAAGAGGAUUCAAAAGGGUCCAGUCAGGGGUAUCUCACUGAAACUGCAGGAAGAAGAGCGUGAGCGUCGCAUGGACUAUGUACCUGAACAAUCUGCUAUCAGGACUGAAGAAAUCAAGGUCGAUAAGGAGACCCUUGACAUGCUUGCUGCUCUUGGCAUGGCUGAUCUUCCUGGGGUAUCUGAAGCUGAGCCACAGGUUAUGAUCCCUAGCCAAGGUUAUGGACGGGGUCCACAGGGUGGAAGGAGGUUCUGAGGCAAUGGAAGCUUUGUGUUGUUUUUGAGAAUCUGGAAUUUAGUUAUCUAAGUUUGCAUUUGGUAGUAGUGAUAUGGCAAACAUGGAUCUUAUUUUUGUAUUUUAAUUGAAUGUUCGCUUGACAUUGAGUUUGGAAAAUGGUACUUUUGUUUAUUAAAUGGAGUUAACAUGCUUGCGUUUAUGCAAA